CUGGCUUUAUGUUUAUCGUCUUCUACAUACUUGGCCUUGUCUCUUCCCUCAUGACCCUCGCUCGAAUGGCUACCAGAACCAAGGCCAAGCGGCCCGCUGCCGCCCUGCACCACAGGCGCUACAAACUCGGGACGAAAGACGUUCGACUAUUUCGGCCAAGCAAAAAAGCACAAGCCGACGAUGCUUCAGCUGUCGCUGUGCCCACACACAAAGUGCGGUGGCGGGACCUGCGCGGGACAUGGAUCGGAACAUACAUGGCGCCCACCCCUCCUCGAAAUUCGCUGCCUUCGACCUGGACAGCACGCUCAUUGAGCGACUGGCGUUUUCACCACCCCAAGGUGCCAGAGCUGCUGCGCAAUGUCCACAAGCAGGGCUACAAGAUUGUGAUUAUAUCGAACCAGAACGGCCUCAAGCCCAACAAGGGCUCGACAGCGCUGACUAAGAAGGCUGUCGAGUUUCGUGACAAGAUCUCGCAGAUCGCCAAGCAGCUCGACGUGCCAUUCACCAUCCUGGCUGCCACCGCCAAGGACUAUCUGAGGAAACCGAGCCCUGGCAUGUGGAUCGCAGCCGAGCUCGACAAUGCUGGUGUUGCUGUAGACCGGUCGCUGAGCUGCUACGUCGGCGAUGCUGCUGGUCGGCCGGGAAAGGGCAAGGCUAAGCCGGACUUUAGCGACUCUGACUUGGCCUUUGCUCUGAACCUCAACGUACCCUUCUAUGUGCCUGAGGAGGUGUUUACCAAAGACAUCCUGUCCAAGGACGAGCCGUUCCGCUGCCCACGCCGCAGGACUGGACCAUUGGCCGCUUCCAUCCCAAGGGAACUGGUAUCCAAACUCGCCACCAGAGCCGCCAAGGCCGACAAGGACAACCGCCUUCUUGUAUUGCUGGUCGGACCACCAGCCAGCGGCAAGUCCACGUUUGCAGCAAAGCACCUGGUGCCCCUUGGUUUCGAACACAUCAGCAUGGACACGCUCAAGACUCCGCGCAAAUGUCUGGCCACUGCAUCAUCCGCCCUGUUCAAGGGCACACCUGUUGUAAUUGACAACACCAACCCCGAUCCUGCCGCCCGCAAAGCAUAUAUCGACGCUGGGAAGAAACUACGUGCUAACCUGCCGCAGUCGAGAUUUCUGCAUGCGACUGAACCCGGCCAAAGCCUGGGGGAUCUCCCAGCCAGGCUAGACAAGGUGCCCGAUGUCGCCUACAACAUGUUUUUCAAGCGGCUGGCUCUGCCAGAUGCAAAGGAAGGCCUGUCUGAAAUCAUUCACUAUCCGUUCAUUCCCAAGUUCGACUCUGCCAAAGACCACGAGCUCUGGCACCAGUUCUAUUAGCACCAGCAGGCCAUAGCACCGUGCAAUUAACAUUAUUAUGCCUCGUACUGAGUGAGAAGUGAUGUGCUUUAGAUGCUGAGAUAUAUGGCCAGAAACAGGCAUUACUCGUAAUGAAAAACGGAACUGAGUAGGACCGAGCGCCCAGCGCCACGAUAUAUACCUCACCAGCCGCAGCCACCACAUACAUCUGUGAUCACACCUUUGGUGGCUAUCAGCCGUAGUGAUAUAUUAGCACAGCUGUCUAUGCCCAUGUGCCGGGACAAGCUUGCUUUAGUGCAGCAGGUAAGAGGCUCUUCGUUUGCUGGUGGGCCUGGCCGCUCCGAGUCGACUGACAUGCCAGGACAGGAGGUUGCCCCUGAUCCGCUGUUGCGCCUGGUAAUUGAUCAAGGGUCAGGGACGCCAACACGCUGAUCUGAGCGUUCGAACCUCGUCGCUCAGCUCCUUCUCUUCUACGAC